UAAUGAGAUGUCUUUAUUCUAUAUUCAUCGUAAACUUUUACAUCGCUGUUACUCCAUAUUUUGAUAAAUCUAUAAUAUUAUCAUCAAAAUACAUUCCACUUUUCGAAAACUAAUUGGAUUGAAUUUAACUUCAAAUCGCACAAUUAUAUUUAUCUAAAUCGUUCUCCAUUUUCAAUUGCUUAAGCUAAAGCCGUAAAGUAAAUUCAACACGGACGGCGAAUUGACGAAAAACUGAGAUCAAAUGCGAUCUACAGUAGAAGCUCAAGUUAAAGUGUUUGAAUCACUGAAUCCAAUAGACUCGGUUAGAAUUACGGUCGAAAAGGAGCGUCUGGUACGAAUAAAAGGACGAUCCCAUUUCGUCGAGGAAACUAGGAAGCACCGCAUUGCGGCAAUAUCGCGCGACCAAGCAAAACCAUCGCUUGAAAACCCGCCUCGAAAACAAGGCACGCCACUGUGAGAAUGAAAUAGAGUUUCGAUCAAAAAGGGACAAGAGAAUCUUGCCUUCACGUAGAUUUAAAAUGGAACAAAGAGUACAGAAUGCUGGAUAAACAAUGUGAAUCGAGUCAGUGAACGAGAGAAAAAGUUGGGAUCGGUGUCGAUCUAGGGUCAGGUUAGAUGGUACGUUCGUUGCUAGCUGGAGAGAGCGCGUGUAUCCUUUUUGAUCGUGCGAUCAGUGCUCCAAAGAGGAUCUGGCAACAACGGCUGGAGGUGGAGUGAUCUUGCAGGAGCAUUGGCCACACGAGAACGAGAAGAAAGGAGUGAAUCGUCGUUGGUUGAAAAGAGGCACAGGCUCACCUUUGCGCGAGAGGAGAAGGGCCGAAGAAGGCGGCGGGAUCGAGCCAGGCCUGGUCCAGCGCUCGUAAAACUCGUCUCGCUCCGUAGAAAUACCUCGCGUUAUACGUCGAAACUUCCGGUCGAAACGGAACAUACACGUUUUUCCUAGACUCUCCUUUUCCUUCUUUUUCUUCGAUGCGCGAUACUCGCGGGAUCGCGUCCGCGUCGUAGAACAACGGACUUCGUCGUAGAAAAGGGGAAAACCGUGGAAAGACAAACGGAGGAAAAGUUUUCGACGAAACAAUGUUUCGCCCCGUGGGAAUGUGAGAUGCCGAUCGGCUGAAAAUGCAGUGUUUCGCGUGCGAGCACAAUACUCGUCCACGUGUACCAGGGAAACAACGCUUCAGCUCGUCGCGGUUCGCUUAGACUCUUUUCGAACGUUCGUUCGCCUCGAUCGACGAAAAAAAGGUGAUACCAACUCGAACGCGCGAUUCUACGUUCCUCAGAGUUGACUUUCGAUUCGACACAUCAUGGCGACCAGAGCCGUCACUGUGGGGGCGGUAUCAGCAGCGGGGAUAUCUGGUGAGGCAGGUUUAGCUGGUGUACCUAGACUUCUGGAGGACUUGGCUCGACUUUCCGAAGACAAAGAUACAGCUGACAUUGUCUUUCUGCUAGGAAGGGACGAGACACCGGUUUACGCUCACAGAAUAAUCCUUCAAGCUAGGUGCAAGAACUUUACUGCCGCGAAGAGGAUCGGGACACCGGGAAAUCCAACCCCAAUGCGUAUGCCGCACGCUCAUCCAGAGACUUUUCGACAAUUUAUCCAUUACGUGUACACAGGGAAGAUCAUGCUACAGGAUAACGGUAUAUUCGAAAUGCUGGGUCUCGCGCAAGAACUGGGGGUCGAAGAACUAUGGAGAAGUUGCGAGGAACAUGUCUCCGCCACUCUAAGUCCAGGAAACGCAUGUGCCCUUCUGACUGCAGCGUUAGAUGCCCAAGAACGAGUUCCUAGUGGCAAAGGAGCUUGUUCUUCCUUCAUUGAAAGAUGUUUCGCUUUUAUUGGAGAAAAUGCUGUAGAUACAGUUAAAACGACAGCAUUUUGUAAUCUUCCAAAGGAUGCCUUGGUGAAGCUUAUAUCUUCGGAUUACUUAGGAUUGGAGGAAGAAGAUGUUUGGAGAGCAGUACUAAACUGGGCAAAAUAUCAGGCAGGGGUGACGCAGCCUACUCAACACUGGACAGAGGAGGAGCGCGUGAGGGUUUGCCAACAUUUAUCCGGAGUGAUAAAUCAUGUUCGCCUUCUACUAAUCGACAGCCAGGUCUUUGCGGAGGAAGUAGAACCAACCGGAGCAGUGCCUAUAGAACUUUCCUUGGAGAGGUACGAAUUUUUCAAUCCAGAUCGAUCAAGUGGCUCAAAACCCAUAAGGUAUAGGUAUGCAGCGCUACCAAACAAAUAUGCAGAAAUUUGUGCAGAUAAGCGGUUACAGCCAAGAGUUAGCCCAUUUCUGUUUCCGGGAUCACAAAUUUUAUCGCGAGAUAAGAUGGGUUUUCAACGUCUUCUCAAUCAGUGGUAUGGAUCUCCAAAACAAAGCUGGCGUCUAGUAUAUCGUGCUUCUAAUCAUGAUUAUUCUGCAUCAUCGUUUCAUCGACAUUGUGAUGGAGUUUGUCCGACAUAUGUAAUUGCAUUGGGAACUCGAGGAGAAAUUUGUGGAGGCUUCAGUGAUGCGCCAUGGGGUAAAACAAAUGCCAAGGGUCACUAUAUUUUUUCAGAAAAAGCUUUCUUAUUCACUUUAACAAAUAAUCAAGAUGUACCUCCAACGAAAUAUGAUAUUGUUAAAAAGCCUUUUGCGCUUUGUUAUCAUCCAGAUAUCGGACCAAUUUUUGGAGCAGGCGCUGAUUUACUAAUUUCUAGUAAUUGUAACGUAAAUAAGGAGAGCUACAGUAAUCUUCCUCACAGCUACGAUGGCGAACAUGCCUCUAAUACUGUACUUAUGGGAGACUAUCAUUUUUUUGUAGUAGAUUAUGAAGUUUUUACUCCCAGUCAUUCAGUUUCCAAGUCUACUCAUUAACAGUAUAUAAAUAUUUUCAUAAGCUUGUACAUACAUUAUUGCAUUUUUUAAAAAUAAUAAGCUUCACAUUAUAUCACGAAUAUAAUAUAAAAAUAGAAAUUAUUAAAAAAAAAACGAAAAUAUAAAAGUAUAAGUGUUUAGAUUUUAUAUAUAUAUAUAAAAAAAAGAGUAAUUUUGAGCAAUAUGUACAGGGUAUAAGUUUAUAGAAAAUGUAAUUUUUUAUGCUAUUCAAAAUAAAUAAUAUUGCUUUUUCUGAUGUUAAUAAGUAGUCAAUGAGAAGUCGACCAAUAUUGGCUUGCAAUUAAAGGCUUUGGCUCUCGAUAGAAUUAAAGUAUGCCAAACGAUAGUUCGUGAUCUGCAUAAUGAGUAUUUGAUAUGCUACGAUGCAUAGACCGAUUCUCAAGGAACUUGUUAAACCACACGUUAAAUUGCCAUGUGAACAAAUGACUUCGAAAUCUAAUCUGUAUUACAGUAGCGCGUUCGAAAGUAAACGUGAAAUGUGAAAAUCCACGGAAAAAUGCGAACUACUGAGUAUGCAUUAGACUAUCAAAGGCACCGAUGACACGGAUGUAUGCUCGAUAAGUAAAAUCGUACUGAUUCUACUUAGCCUUGGUUAAAAUUUAAAUUUCGUUUUACCACAAAGCUAUGUGACAAUUCAAAUCACGUAUCUCAAUUAACAACGCAAAAUAAGAAAUUUUAUUCACGACAUUAUUUGAUACUUUCUCUUUAAAUAAUUAAUUAGAAUAGUCACUUAUUUCUCUUCAUUUUUUGUAAUGAUACGAUGAAAAACUUGAUCACUAUUUUAAUAUUUUGGAAUUUCAUUUUUGGAAUAUUUGACAAAAAAUAUAAUUGUUUUAUGAAACUAUAUUUUAUUCACAUUUUUUGUAAUAAGAUGAACUAUGAACACAUAUUAUUUAAAAUGAAAAAAUUCGAAUUAUUCAGACAUGACGCGACGAUUUCAAAAUUCGAACCGGAUACUGUCAAUUUACAUUUUAAUUUAAGUAUAUUUAUCGAUAACGAUGAAUAUAUUUUUAGAAAACCGAAUAAUUUACAUUAUAAUAAAAAAUAUUAUUUUACAUAAUCAUUUUAAUUAAGAAAAUUAUUCUAAUUGCAAAUUGAUACAUUUUUUUGUGUACAUGUGAUUAACGUUGUAUAGUGUCCAUUUCGAAUGUUUCAUUUUUCAUUUCCGUUCCAUGUUCCGUCUUUUCCGGUGUGUUUAGACAAGUGGUGUGGCGCGAAACGUCAGUGCAACUUAGUGUGAUUAUUUGCCGGUUUAUUUGUGAAUAUACGUCGAUUUACAGGAAUCAUCUAUAAUUUAUAUAAUCCACUGGAAUCCACAUAAUCAUAUGAUAUACAGAUGUCAUCAAAGAUGUAAUCUAAUAAUGGGACUGUGCGUAACGGAGGACAUUCCAUACGUGAUAAAUUAAAUCGAUAGCCCCCUUUCCCCCUCCAUCAAGAGAUUUCAACACGUCAUUUGCUACAACAGAUUAUUACCAACGAUCGCCAACUCGUUAGGCACCGCGAGAUAGUACAACGAUGGCAGAGUACACGAAGGGGAUGCUGGGAUUGCUGCGAGGGCUAUUAGCGGUUCAUCGACAAGUAGUAAUCUGUGUUAAUUUAUCUUGCCCUCGGUAUUGCGUGUAUAAUCUUUAAACAUAUUAACUUUUUCUUUUAAUCAAAUCUGUUUCGAUUAUUCCAAAGGAGGAAUAACAAUAUUGUCUAUUUUAUUUUGGAUGAAUAAUUAUUUACUAAUUAAUCUGAACCUGUUUAAUUUCAAUUGAAAAUCGUGCCACUCUAAUGCAAAGUACUGGCAUACCAUCGCAAAUUAAAAAGAAAAAUUCAAAGAACCAAGGCACAAUGUUAAUUAAUUCCUCCAAAAUGAAAGCAAAGUUACGACAGAUUUCACCCGGCUCCCAUUUAUCAACCGCUUCAUUAACAUCCCCACGACGAAUUCAAAAGAGCCGGGCCUGAAACCGAUGAUCGACUCGUACACCUUUCGAUACGUUACACACAAUUUCCCUGCCCAAUAAUUAUACACUAUAAUUAGAAAUCAAAGCUAUUCACGGGGCGUUAAUGAUACUUCCGCGUCGCCGUGUUAAAUUUGUUCCAGCCUCUGCCCUCCCAAGCAAUAUUUUCACGCGAUCCGUGCCCUCUCGCCCUCGGGUCUAAACGAGCCCUUCCUCCCCUGCCCUUCUUCCCCGGCCGAGUCGAGGCAUUUCUUUUUCUCUCUUUUUUUUUCUCGGCUCGAGACACCUCGAUGCCGCGUUCUAAAUGCCGGUGAUGAGAUCAUUCAUCAUCGUACGAAAACGCGAGUCUCCCUCCUGCCGUGGCCGGCAUCACGCUUCCGCGCUUCGCUCGCCUCGUUCCCACGCGCGAAGAUCGGGACACGCGGGUCCAUCCGGAUCUCGUACGAUACUCUAACGUGUCCUGCUUUUACUCGGGGAUUUUCGUGAGGUCGACGAGCUUGUUACAUGAAAAGCUUCUUACGAGAAACGGUAAGAAGCAAGGUAUUUUCUCGUGUCGGAAGUUGUCGAUUCUUCGUUGAUUAUAUUUUGUAGGUUUGAGAAGGAAGAUGAGGCUUCAGUUUCUCGAGCAUUGAUUUCGAAACUAUACGAUAUGUAUCUUUGUGAUAUUACCUGUGAGAAGAUGGAGGUUUACGAGUUAUCAAGAAUAUCGAGCAUAAAUAUUAAAAAUUACAGAGACUUAAGAAAAUUAUUUCACUUUCGAAUAUGAGAUCGUUAAAUUAGAUUCAAGGUUUCGGUAUCAUCUAACGGAAUUUUAAAAUUAAAUGUACGCAUCGUGAAACGUUUGGAGGAGCAUGAGAAUUUAAGCGACGAAGGAUCGCACCACGAUUGGGUCCAUUGGAAAGAAUCGCCGUUAUUACAGGGAACUUUCAUUUGACUUUCAUUACACGAAAGUUCAUCGCAUGCCGGGCGAAGCGCGCACGCGUUACGUAAACGCACACACGUUUGACCCGGACCAUUUUCGACCGAUUAAGCCCGAGAAAGCACGACCGAGCUGGUUGCCGAUUGUCUGGCUCGCCGCUGACUCUAAUUAGUCACACCCGCGCGCAGGUGAAUCACGUUCGCCGAACGGGUUGCCUGCCUCGAGGCUCCUCGCGUUUAUUCGAGGAGAAAGCGCGCGAUGCGUUCGCCGCGAUUUCGCGGACAAAACGAAUUCUAAUGGCGUGAACGCGACCCGCGUUUCAUCCACACGUGCGAAACGAACGGUGUUUAUAUUCGUGUAACGUGCACGGCUCUUGAUGUUUACAGCCGCGGGGAGAUCAGCCGUUUUAAUUUGAUUCGACGUGGAUAGUGGUCAAAAUCGUCGUUUCGAAGGUAAAUAACGGGAGGAGAAUAAAACAAUUUGACAGGAUUAUAUGCAGUGUUUCUCAACCAUUUUUUAACGUGGCCUUCUUUCGCGAUAGUCAAACAGUCUCUUUCGAUAUUUAUAGGAAUUUGUUUCGAUCGACGUGGGUAAAUAUGUAAUAAGUGUGUAAAUUACAUAGAUUACACCGUUAUAUAAAGUACGUAAUCGAAAAGAACGCGAAAGAAUCGAGGGAGCGCCUUGGCGAAGGGUAUGUAGACCCCUGUUCCGGGGAUCGCCGCCACGGAUUCGAAUCUCCGUAAAGAUUUCUUUUGACUUUUAUGCGUAAAGUCGUCUUUAAAAUUGAAAAAUGAAGGAAAAAAGUAUGAAUGAAUAUGAAUGUUUGUAAAAGAUCAAUAAUGUUUCGAUUAAAAUUCCAAGACUCGAGGGGAAAUUGUCUAUUAACUAAUUCAGGAAAUUCCAUUGUCGAAAAAAUCGAAAUACCUUGUUCCUUGUCGAGUCGUCAGAACUUCCACUGCCUACGCGAAGUUUCUUGGCGGAACCUCCGGGACAGUGCAACCUCAAAUUUGUUUGAACGAAUCCAAGCAACAGCUGGAACGAACGCUACAAGUAGCGGACUCCGUGUGUCUCGCCCACGUGCGCCUGUUGAGGACGUUGAGGCUCGCGCCGCUGAAUUUGCAUAAUGCGGAAUCGAAUUAAUGGAUUUAGAGCUGACGUCGAUAAAUAUAUCGGCACGAAUUUGCGCUGCUCUGACCCGCUUUGAUUAGGAUGAAUGUAGUCAUUGUUCUGCGUCGUCGGUAUAUUCGGUUAUAAAAUAAUAAAAAAUUUAAAAAGAAAGGAUGAGAAAAAUAAAAUGGAUUACGCGCUAUCGUCGAAGAAACGGAUAGAACGGAAGAAAAGUACACAAGCAAUAUCGAUCGCUAUUAAAGACGACAAAUCACUACGUCUUGAACAAUUUUAACCGAUCGAUUAGAAAUCUGCUUUGGCAUCGACGUACCAAAAUUCGGCGUUAUUAAAUUUCACCGUCAUCUUUUAUCGAAACGCAUCGAAGCGGAACGUCAAUUACGCUCGAGAGAUGAGCCGAGAUGGCGCGUGGAGCAAAAAAGCACCUAGAUGGCACUACCGAGAUUCUUGCCUCUUAUUCGAACAUUAGAUUCCAACAUAAGACCGGUGAGCGUAGUAAUAAACGAAGAAAGGUGUUAGAUACACCCAUCUAGCCCCGUGAUCCACCGUUAUUCCCGCAGUCACGAUGACCCUAACGCGGGUUUCCCAUCGUUAAACCAAUAAGUAGCAAAAAAUAUGGCAAACACAAACGCCGAUAGCCAAAUCCGGCGCUGUUAAAGUACGUCCACUAAUGCGUACCGGACUAUAAACUUUCAAAUACAAGUGGUAAAUCAGCGAGGACGGUAAAUAGCGGAGAGAACAGGAGGUGGAAAAAAUGAGGAAAGGUCGUGAUAGGGAAAUAUCUCGGCGCGCUUCCAUCCGCUUGUCCCGAAGCGCAAAGGCCCCCAUUACUUGUGUCCACAAUGUCGAGAUAUUAACCUGCUUCGGCUGAAUGGCCACACGGUUCAGCUCCGGUUCGAACAACAACCUGUGGCAGCGAAAGGGGUAGAGGGGCAGAGGGGGGAGGAGGGGACAGAUACGAGAAACGACCACACUUUGCUUCACCUUGCGCACGUCGUGCGGAGUCCACGAAGCUGUGCCACUUGUCCUGGAAUUCUCAGGGACGAGCAGCGCCCGUACGAGUCACUCGUCUUCCGCCUUCGACGGUUCCGCUGAAAUUCUACGGACGUAGCUCCGUUCGAGGGAACAGCUCGAGGUUUUGAACGAGUUUGAUGGUUUCGAGGAUUCGUGUAAGUAUUCGGUUUGUCGAUCAUGUGGUUUUAUUUGAGAGAGGUUAACAACGUUAAAACUAUCUAUGUUUAAACGAACGAGACACGUUUAAGUAAAAAGUAAAAAUUGUAAUACGUUGUUCGAACGAAAGAAAAUGAUAAUAUCUCAGUAUUUUUUAAAAAUGGUUUGACUUAUUUGAUAUUGAUUUAUUUAAGUUACAAUUUUAUUAAUCAUUGAUGGAUCAAGAGUGGAAAAUUUUAGAUAAAAAUACAAGGAUUUAUUUUGAAUAAUCUGUUAUAGAAAUCUAUCGAAAUCAUUAUACAUAGAAUUCACGAUCAAAAUUCACGAUUAAAAAUAUUGAUUUCUAAUCACGUAGAAAUAUCUCUUCCCUGUAUAAUGUUACGUCAUUUGUUAUAUUUGUACUAGUUUCCCACUGAUCCCGUCAAAAAAUGAAAUGACACGUAGAUCAUUCCCACAUCGAUCCUAAAAUACCGAAUAGACGCGAGGGGGAUGGCCGAUACCUGGCCAUAUCCCUUAACAUUCAAAGAACAAGCACACUAUCCAAUAAUUCAAGAACCAACAUCGCCGUGGUACCUGCUCGAGGUACCUAACGAACCAUUCCUCGAAAUAAACUCUGCUCAAAAUCUACACUGACCACUCGGGGAGAGGGAAUCCUCCCUCCCUCCUCUCCCCCCUCUCCCACUUCACGAUUCUCAUAAACAAAUGUGGUUGUCGUGGGUCGAGUCGAGUCGCCUUCCGUAUUCGAGGGACGAUUCUCUCGAAUUCUGCAAACGUACUCCAGAUGGUGGAAUAAAUAAGAUCGGGCCGCGGGAGUCGCGGCAAUUCGAGCAAUUCCAGCCACGUGCACGUUGGGAUCGGAGUGCAAGGAGAGGCGACGCACGAGUACCCCGAGAUAUUUCCAACUCGGAGGGGUACACACGAUUACGGCCGUCCGAAGGAGUAGUAGGGGGCUCGACUUCGAUGCGUGAACUCCGCGUACCACGUGGGAUGCGGAAAAAUGCCGGCCAGUUUAUUGGAAUUCACUUUGUGUUACCGCACGCGGUUAGGCCGAUAAUGAUCGUUCGACUGGCGGUCGACUUGUGCCUACGGUCCCCUUUGAAGCGGCUCAUUUUCCACCAGCUCUCCUUUUCCGCCUUCUCUCAAUAGCGCGUAAUGAAUUGUAAUACAAUGCCCGAAUUAUCGGUAUGUGGAUCGAUCGAUAGAUCCGAUUAUGUCGGGGAAAGGCGAGAAUAGGCGGUGUGGAUUUUCCUCGAUUCUUUCGAGGUUAGUCGGUACGCGUGUAAUCGAUACCGAUUAUGCUGGUCCUAUGUGGGUGAUGUGUAUUCUAACUCAUUGAUACGUUCACGAAAGGAAUUAAAAAUUAUAGAAUCUGUAUGUAUUUUAAUUUUAAUUUUGAAUUUAUAAAGUUUUCAAAGACUUUUUCAGCGAAAUUCCACGCUCGAAAUAUCCACAAGAAAUCACCACCAACUAUCGUAAACAAAAUCGCAUGCACACGUUCCUCGUUCCACGUACCGUGACGAUAACUUGCGAGCUAUCAGAGAGGCAUCGUUGCGUCAUUCGGGCAGAGAUGAUCGUCCAAUUACUUUAUAAACAGUACAUAAACUGUUAGCGCAGAAAACCUCUCGCCAAAGAUUCAUCUCACGACUCGACUCGUGGUUACUUUCUAACGAACGAUAGAAUUAACGCGAGCACGAAGGAACACGCCGUUCUGAUCCUCUGAUUUUAUGCCGGGUUAUCGAUCCUGGAACGAUGCUGGGCUACGCGGGUGCACAUGGUACGACAAUGAGUCUACACGGCGGCCCACGCGAGCGCGACCGUGCUUUCGCAACGCUGCCGAUAAUAAGGAUAAUAACUCGAUUUUAUUGCCCACCUUUGCCCUUCCCUUACUCUCUUUUCUCUCUAGGAAGACAUUUUCUAUCGACGCCGACCCUCCUCGCACAAUGCGCUCUCUUGUCGUUCCACUUAUCUCAUAAUAUACCGUGGCAUCGGUAAAUGCAACCCCAAGAUUCAAUAUCGGGUAAUGAGGCUAUGGGAAUCGGAGUAACGAAAUUCGAUUCGUCACGGUUGCUCUCGAGAUCUUUUUUUUACCGUAUACGGUUUUUAAUUAAUAGGAGAGCGAAAUUACCUUCCCUUUUUAUCUUUUUUACACGUAAUCUCGUGGAAUAAUAAGUAAAAAAAAUAUACAGGGAAUCUUGGCUAGUAUUAUCGUUUUGGUAUCGUUCAUAUCGGGUAUAAUAUGACAAGAAAGAAAUUUGUCAAGAAGAUUGUUUCAUCUUAUUGUACAAAAUAUUAUACUUACGUUUUCCUGUGUAACGGGAGUGUCCACAGUGUACAUGGCAUUUCAGUAAAACGAGUUCAAUGGAAGUUUCUUUGGCGAGCACGAGAAACUUAAUGGUCUUGUUCAAAGUUGUAAACGAACAUUGUGUAAAUUCAACAACUGUUUCAUUGAUCACCACCUACGCUUCAUAAUUUCUUUUUCAACUGAUAGCCAGUUCAAUUUACAAUAUAUACCGACACGAUACAACUCCGUUUCUCGCUAGUCGAUAUUUAAAUCUUGUAUGUUCGAAAACUACACCUUCUGAAAUUGUAUCUAACGAUUUACAUAAGAUGUUGUAGCUUACUGUUUACUAAAUGUAAUGUAAAUUCUUACUUGGUCAAAUAAUAAUUAACGAAUUUACGAACCAUCGCGUUUGUUCAAUAAAUUUACCUAAAAAUCCGUGAUAAUUUGGAUAUACGAUCACAAUUCGUCGAAUUCUCAAUUAAAUUAUCUAAUCCUCGGCAUCGAAAUGAAUCGAAUUUGAAAAGAGUAAUUUGAAAGGCUACUUCAAGGAUUGGAGUACCGUGCAUGAAUAUUUUGUUAUUGUCGCCAACACGAGGAAUGCUCGAGCACGCGUGGAAAGCAUCGAGGUGAAACCUGGAUGCACCGAAAAGGGUCAAAUAAGCGGCGCGCGUCACACGCCAGCAUUUACGAUGACCUAACAAUGCAUUCUGUUACGGGCAAAGAGAGGCGUAAAUAUGCUGGCUGCAUAAACGACCGAGGCACACGGCACGCUCGUCCAUGCAAACUCGACCUCGAUUUUUCACCGACACGACGAACUUGCAUCAUCGUAAAACAUUUCCCGGCGUGACACUUUAUAGUGCACUCAAUCCGCGUUAAGUUUCGCGAGAUUUCCUCGAGAUAGUUGAACGCCUCCUAUCUGGAUAUCGAUGAAGUUGCCACCAGGAUUGAAAACUAAAAAUAGCACGUUCGAUUUCUUGAUCGUAUUCUUGCGUUCCUUUGAUUUCUGCAACAUUUAUUCUUUUCUACGAAUUAUUACGAUUUACCUUUAGCUCGAGAAAUCGUUUAAAAUACACGGAUUUGUGAAAUAAUUGUUGCACAAGGAAAAUGAUAUUCCUCUUUAGAAAUGUUUGGAUUUUAAUUCUCAACUGAUAUCUCAUAGGUAUAUCUACGGUAGUUGAGAUUAGGUUUAUUAAUAUCGUCUUAAAGUUGCAUUAAACAAUAAGUAACAAUAAUACGAUGCCAUAGGCGGAAUCUGUUUAAUGUUAUCCUACGAUAGCGAUCCAUUAGCAUUAAUGAUUCACGAUUUUACGGUAAACUUGCGAAGUUAGCAUUAUCGCAAACCCUGCGGCGCAUAUAUAGUUUGCGAAGUUGAAACUAACAAGCUAUUGCUUUCCUGUAUAUUUAUCCUUCUCCUUAUUCUUUUUAACCUAUCCUCUAUCUUUUUUUUUAUCAACACAAAUUUCUCAAUGUAAUAAUCUCAAUCAAUACUGAUAUUGUUUUUUUAUCGAUCUAUCGACAUUAAUGAAAUUAUUCAAGUACAGUCCUGACACGAUCUAUCAAAUCUUCCCUCAAAAUUAUUCGAAAGUUCGAAUUCCAAAAAUUUUACAAAAUUAUCCCUUUCUCUUUGAUCUCAUCUUCGCACGAAAGAACGUCACUUUUAAGAAACCGUCGUUUUUCCGCAAACCAGAUCCUCCAAAACAACAAAUAACCAGUAUCCCAAAAUCGACUUCCGUAGGUGUGAACGCGUUUCUCGAGGCAAGUGCUCGCUGACGAGGUGGACAGAGCGUGGAAAAAAGAAAGAAAACGGGCUCGUGCAACCGUGAAACGCGAUACACUGUCGAUAGCCGGCCAGAUAUCGAUCUCUUACAUUGUGAGGUGAAAGAACGAUCCCACUAGCGAAGCGUGAAACGCGUUUGAACCGUGUGGAGCGUGGGUGUCCACUUCCUCGGUGGCGAAGUCGGCGCGAGACCGGUGAAACCACGAACGGAUACCAGGGUCCGAUGAACAUCGAAAAAAAAAAAAAAACGUUAAUUCGGUGUCUGAUUCUUGGAUUAUUCAUCUAUCGACGUUCGUUAAGCCGCCUCGUUCUUGUUCCUACAUAAUUGAUUCCAUUGGAUCCGCGCGAGUGAUCGUAGAUCGCCUCUGGCUGCUGCCUCGGCUGCUGUCCACGCUCCUUUUCUUUGUAUUUGUCGUGGUCUACUUGUGAACAUUGAUUUGUUGCCGUGUCGCUUUUAGGAAAUUGGAUGAAUUAUUAGGUGGGUUAUUAGGACGGUGAUUUGUUGGGUCGAACAUGGGCUUGGCCUGGGACGCUUGGAAUUUCGAUGACAUUUGUUACGGGCAAAAGUAGAAAUCUAUUUAUCUAUUUAUACACGUGAGAAGUAGCAAGAUUUUCGAGUUCGUGCUCCUUGUCUUCUAUACCUACCGUUUCAUUCAUUGUAUAUCCUUCUCCAUAUAAUUUACACGAUGUAAAUUCGAUUGAAAUUUGAACAAGUAUUAGUUAUGCGACGAAUCUUUUGUAAUUUAGUGAAAUAUAAUGAUUCUACAAUACGAAUUUCGGUUAAUAUUUUCGAUCAAGAUCAAGAAUCGAAGAUCGUAUAAAAAAAGAAAAGAGAGAAAAAUACACGUAACGAAAUAUUUUACUCGAAAUUUCUUCACACGCGUUCUCUUCUUUGCAAUUCUUAAGCGCGAACGUGUUAAUCACUCUCUCGUAAACCGUUUCUUCUUCAAAAAUUUCUCGUUCGAUUCCCAAUGGAUCUCAGCAUCGACGUACAUGGUAAAAAAUAAUCUCUCGUUUUCUCCAAUCGUAUAUCCGACUUUUACCGAUCCAAAAGCGUCCACUUGACACCGUUAAAUUUCCGUGAAACGCCCAUCCGUUCCAGUGAUCGAUGCACGAGAGCCGUUUUGAUCGUUGGCCAACCCGACGUUUUCUAAAAGAAUUGCGAGAAUCGAGGUAGAAGCGCGAGAUUACAUCGCGACAAAUCGCGGUGGCCGCUUGUCGGGUUGCGACACACGGAGUGCACGCCUAGCCUCGAGUCCAAUGGUCGAUUAAAAGCAGAUUUGUUGGGGUUCCACGCGUGCUCUGCCUGUUUCGGGCGAAAACGAUUAAAGGUUGCCGCGGUUCUCUCUCUCUGCACGAAAACACGCGAAGCUCGCACAUUUAUUUCGUUCCCCUGAAACCGUUUUCCGCGAGAAAGAUACGUCCGCUCGACCCGCUUCGCUUUCACCGUUGACUAACAUUGUUUGUAAUUGCUCAAAUUACCGCUCGCGACAGUUCCAAGUUCCAGUUACAGUUGCCUAACGUCGAUCACCCUUGGGUAUUCACCCCAUUUUCCGAUCUCUCUUUCGCGGAUUCGUAGAUUGAUGGGGCCCGUUCGAUUUCUGAUGUAAACCUAUUAAUUUUAGAAGAGAAUUUCUCUUUUAUGGUAUGUUCCGUGCUUUUCUUUCCAACGAUUGGACUUUUUCAUUCGAUGUUGCAAUAAAAGUUGCGAUGAUAUAAAUUUGUUGAAUUACUUAUGAUUGGAACAACGGGAAGUGUAAAAAGUAAUUGACGGAAUAUCUUUUCUAAAUAUUAACCUUUUCUUAACCAACUUGUUUAAUAUAGUGAUUCAUUCAAUAAUUAUAUUAAGAACGUAUAAAUUAUCCAAUAAAAAGAAAAAAAGUCUAGGUUUCGCACGCAAUUUCACAGCUGAGCGAUAAAUAUAAUUGCGACAAAAUCACCGUAAUAAAUUAGUAUAAUAUAGAGGAGAUUGAAGGUGAAUAAAACCAAUCUAUCAUAUCUAUUAAACAGAAAAAAAAUGGCCUUAAAAGCAUAAUUCCGCAAGGUAAUCUUUGCACAAUCUUAAAAACAGGCUGAACAGGCUCAUACAUCUUUCAAUCCCAUAGCACACGAUAACAUCGUAACGUUCAGAUCGCUACAAUUCAUCUAUAACAUUGUACCUCGGGCGACGAACGAGUUUUGCACCAGGUUUCAAACACAACCGGGGAGAACCAGAACCUAACGCCAAUUAUCACGUAACGCGAGCACGUAAUACGCAGACACGUGGAACGUCUCGCGAUAGCGUACAUCAAGAUCACCGGUUCUCCGCAUCGCAAUUAGAAAGAAAUUGAUUCUGUUUGCAACGGCCUUGGCUGUUUCUCAAGGUAGUCACCCCGAUAUUUCGAGGAGAUUGCAGGUAGUCGUGGCCCGAGGCAGCACGCUGGCGCCUGGCCGGCGUUUCCUGGCCUGUCAUUACCAUACGCACUCAUCCGUUGCACGCACGAUCGUGCGUGAGCACGUGCACGCGUGGGAGUCGGGCCAAACGACGUCCAACAGUCUCGUGAGUUUUCGCGGGAAACUCGACAGCGCGUGCUCGCCAAUAUGGCGGACCGUUUUUCGAUUAUUCUCACUUCGAAUUUUUGACUCGAGAGAAAUACGCUUUUAUCGGAUUUUCAUUUCACGUUGAGAGUUUUUUUAGGUAUAAUUAGAAGGAACUUUCUUUUUGGUCACUUUGAUAUCGAUUGAUUAUGACGAGGCAAAUUAAUUUUUUAUACUUUUUUAUUGUGCGAGAUGUUGCAAGGAAUUUGUGAUUUCCAAUAUGGCGGAUCGUUUUUUGAUAGCUUUCACUUCGAGUUUUUAGUUCUUAUUGGAUUUUCAUUUUGAAAGGUUUUUGGAUGUGGUUGGAAGGAAUUUUUUUAGUUUUAUUUUUAUUUUGCUCUUCUUCGUAAAUCCUUAUUAGAUUUUAUUAAUUUGAUAUAAAGAAUUACUUUUUUCUACGUUUAUGAGAUUUCUUUCUUAUUAAAUAUGCUAUUCAUGGAUUGUAAUAGAUCAUUUAAUUUUGGAAUAUCUUUAAAUUACUAUCUUUCAAUAGAUAUUCAAAUCCUUCUCUCCUCUAUAAAACUCUUUAUUAUCUUAUAUAAUUUACAUUACUUUUAUUCACAAUAUUCCUCAGUAUUCACGGCAUUUUACAAUAUUCUACGUUUCAUUAUCCUUUAUAUUUAUUCAUUCGAGGGAACAUGCUUUCUCUCAAUUGAACAAAUACUCCGUAAAAACGUUCUCUUCUACAACGAAUCCGCAAGAAGAUCGAUAAACUAGAGUCAAUGAUAAAUUUCGAUGCAAGAAAUCUCUCGAUCUUCUCCAGCGGAGACACCGUUACGAGUUACGCAAACUCGCGUCGCGCACACGGGAUUCUUUCUCGUUUCGCGAGUUUUCACUCGAAGAAAUAACACCAAUAAUCAUUUGUACGUCUCCAUUAGGGGCUCCAUGUGUCCAUCGAUGAAAACUCGCGCCGGGUUGGAAUGCCGUGAACGCGUGAAACCGACAGCCAGCAAUUUACCAAGCGUUUUUUUCUUCUUCUUCUUCUUCUUUUUUUUCAAGCUUCCCGAACAAUGGCAGCCGCGUCUCUUUAUUGCCGAUGAGUAUGCAUUGGCUGCGGUCAAACCUCGUCACCGUGUGUGAAACUCGUCGCGAUUAUUUGUGGAUUUAUUUUCAAAGACGGGAGAGAAGACGGUGUUGGUUGGUCCAUGGUAUUCGUGGCGAAUAAGUGUACUGGACACGGUUGUCGGGAAGCAAUGCCAUCCUCGGCCUUUCACCGCGUUACCGAUGCACCUGAACGCAGGUGCAUCGACUCGGGGUGUAGGAAGAGGCUAAGAGGUGCAUCGCGAUGGCCCUGAUUUCGAAUUAUUUGUUAAUGCCGGUAUAUCAAAUUUCGCAAGAGUUGCUCACAAUUCCAGAUGUGUCAUAAAAGAAAGAUAAAAGAUGUUAAUUUUAGAAAGUGUUUUUUUAAAUAAUUCUUUCAAUUUAUAUAUUUCAAUGCUAAUUCAUCUUCAGAAUAAUUUUAUCAAAUAAAAAAAUUUUGAUCUCGUUUAUCUAUACGUUUUUAAUUAUAUAUACUGUACGUAUAUCUUUUUUGAAAAUAUAUAUUAUUCGCAUUAUUGUACAUUUAUUCUCAUUAAUUGGAAUCAUUUGUCAAUUUUGGAAUGGAAGAGCAUCGCUAAAAAUGAUCCUGAACGUUAAAAUUUAUUUUCAGAUAAAAUUCCCCUAUAUACACGUAUUCGUCCCUCGAUACCGACUUAUCGCAUUAGUCCAGCUGACGAAUCCCCGACAGCUCGAGCAGCAUAACGAUGCUAUCUCGAGCACGAUUUCAACGAGCAUGGCCCAUUAAGCGGGACAGCCGGUGUGGUGUCUAACGGAAGCGUGUCAAUCAGCUAAGGCCUCGCAGCAUCGUGUGUACCCGCGAUCUAUCGACACGUUUCUCGAUCGUGCGAAUCGUCGCGCGAGCCGACGACACGAGGCUCUCGAGUGCCGGAAGGCCGUACGCGGCAGCCUCAUCAUGGAGGACUUGAGAAAUAGACACAUUACGGCGUGUAACUCGGACUGGACUGGCUGUCAUUAGCCGCGUCAUCCCGUGGAAUGUCUAUACGUGAAUCGAGACCAUCCUGCUUACGUUUGGCCUUGAAUUUAUCGAAGUGAACGAGACGAGUCGGUCGAGGGAAAGAGGGGAAUAAGAAGAAUGGCAGUUCGGUAAAGGGAGAAGAGACACGCGAUCUUGUGAAAUGAUUCGAUUCUCCAAGACUUUCGAAAAUCAUCACAGGGAAGACUGGGAUCGAGAUACUUCGGGCUGAUGUUAUCAAUCAUGGAAGAGAUACAUGGAUGAUUAAUGAAGAUACCUCUACUACCUUUUCACAGUUCAAGUGGACAAUAUCGUAUAAUUUAUUUAGAUUUUAAAUAGAAGAAUCACAAUUGUAUGUAGUAUUCUUGUAUAAAUAUAUUUAUAGUAAUAUAAUGUACACGAAAGUUUGUAAUAUAUUGUUUAAUAAAUGAUAUGUUUAACAA